UCAUCUCACAGCACAUUCAUAUCAUAUCAUCAUAUCUUUAAGUAACAAUAUGUCUUCGGCCCGCUUUAUCUUGCUCUCGCUCUGUUCCGCCCUCCUCCUCAGGGCCGCCCUCGGCGCCGACCCACUCUUCCACUUUUGCUCCAACCCUGAGAACUUCACCGUGAGCAGCCCGUAUGAAUCCAACCUCAACAAGCUCACCAGCUUCCUCUACACCAAGACCCCUCCCUCAGGCUUUGGCCUCAGCUCCAUCGGCCAAUACCAAAACCAGGUCUUUGGCCUUGCAUUGUGCCGAGGCGACGCAUCACCCUCAGUCUGCAAGACCUGUGUAGCAGACGCUGGCGCUGAGAUCCGCCGCCGCUGCCCUCGCAACAAGGGGGCGAUAAUCUGGUACGAUGACUGCAUGUUCAAGUACCUCGACGCUGACUUCUUCGGCCAGAUCGACAAAACCAACAAGUUCUACAUGUGGAACCUGAACGACGUGAGCGACCCUGCGUUGUUCAACGGCAAGGUAAGGGCGAUGCUGACCAGGCUGGCUAAGGCAGCCUCCUCAAUUCCGAGGCUGUACGCCGCUGGAGAGAAGGGAGUGGACAGUAAGACGAAGCUGUACGGAUUGGUGCAGUGCACGAGGGAUCUGUCGGCAACCGAGUGCGAGAAGUGUCUGGAGGGCGCAAUCGGUGAGCUUCCGAGCUGUUGCGACGGAAAGGAAGGUGGGCGAGUGGUCGGCGGGAGCUGCAACUUCCGAUACGAGAUUUACCCUUUUGUCAAUGUUUAAGAGUCCUUGCUCAAGGACCUUGGCAUGGUUUGAUCAUCCUCUAGCUAGGGUGUUCCUAGCGGAAAUUACGGAAAAUAAAGUGAAGGAGAGUGGGGAAUAAAUCCGACUCUUUCGUUAUAAGAAGAAAUUGUGUAAUAUUCAAGACGAGAAAAUAAAGAUAUCUCUUUCAUUCCCUA